AUGCUUUCCCGCAUUCGAAGUGGCAUUAUGCGCGCUGUGGCGGGUGUGCGCGGGGUCUCCUCGGCGGCCUCGCCCGCGGAGCACAAGGGCCGUGUUGGCCACGUCUCGCAGGUGAUUGGUGCCGUCGUGGACGUGCACUUCGCGGAGGGCGUCCCGCCGGUGCUGACGGCUCUGGACGUCGUCGAGGACCUCGGCCGCGAGGAGCCGCUAACGCUGGAGAUUGUGCAGCAUCUGGACGCGCACACCGGUCGGUGUAUUGCGAUGCAGACGACGGAGCUGCUGAAGCUGCGAUCGAAGGUGGUGUCGACGGGUGGCAACAUCUCGGUGCCAGUAGGGCGUGAAACGCUCGGACGAAUUUUCAACGUGCUGGGCGACGCCAUCGACCAGCGUGGGCCCGUAGGUGAGAAGAUGCGGAUGCCGAUUCACACCGAGGCGCCGAAGCUCGCGGACCAGGCCGCUGAGGAUGCGAUCCUGACGACCGGGAUCAAGGUAAUCGACCUGAUCCUGCCGUACUGCAAGGGUGGGAAGAUCGGGCUGUUUGGUGGUGCUGGCGUGGGCAAGACGGUGAUCAUCAUGGAGCUGAUCAAUAACGUUGCGAAGGGUCAUGGUGGGUUCUCUGUUUUUGCUGGCGUGGGCGAGCGCACGCGCGAGGGCACGGACCUGUACCUGGAGAUGAUGCAGUCCAAGGUGAUCGACCUGAGGGGCGACUCCAAGUGCGUUUUAGUGUACGGGCAGAUGAACGAGCCCCCUGGUGCGCGUGCGCGUGUAGCGCAGUCCGCGCUGACGAUGGCGGAGUACUUUCGUGAUGUGGAGGGGCAGAAUGUGCUUCUGUUCAUCGACAAUAUUUUCCGUUUCACCCAGGCGAACUCUGAGGUGUCGGCGCUGCUUGGGCGCAUCCCUGCGGCCGUCGGCUACCAGCCCACACUGGCGGAGGAUCUUGGUAUGCUGCAAGAGCGCAUCACAUCGACGACGAAGGGAUCGAUCACGUCUGUGCAGGCCGUGUACGUACCGGCGGAUGAUAUCACCGAUCCCGCUCCGGCUACGACCUUCUCCCACCUCGACGCGACGACCGUGCUGGAUCGCACGGUGGCUGAAUCCGGGAUUUACCCCGCGGUGAACCCGCUGGAGUGCGCCUCGCGUAUUAUGGACCCCGAUGUGAUCGACGUCGACCACUACAACGUCGCCCAGGAUAUCGUGCAGAUGCUGACGAAGUACCGCGAGCUGCAGGAUAUCAUUGCGGUGCUUGGUAUUGAUGAGCUGAGCGAGGAGGAUAAGCUUAUCGUGGACCGCGCGCGCAAGGUGAGUAAGUUCCUAUCGCAGCCCUUCCAGGUUGCCGAGGUGUUCACGAGCAUGCCAGGCCACUACGUGCAGCUAGAGGAUACCGUGGAGUCGUUCUCUGGGCUGCUGAUGGGCACGUACGACCAGAUACCGGAGAUGGCGUUUUACAUGGUUGGUGGCAUCAAGUCUGUGCUUGAAAAGGCGAAGGUGAUGGCUGAGGAGGCCGCCGCGUUGGAGAAGCACCGUCGCGUCCGUCGUGCGCAGGCCGCGAAGGAAGAGGAGGCUUCCUCUUGA